AUGAUCCAUAAAAUUCCUUAUUCUCGUCGAGAAUAUCAUACCAAAAUAUGGAGCUUUCUUUGGGAUGAGGAUAUUAUUUUUCAAGUAAAAGCUUAUAUUCGGGAACAUAAGUGGGAUAUUACUUCACAAAUACUAAUGGCACAGAUGAAUAAAAUUAUUUUGCUAGGACUUAGAUUUGCACCAUCUCUAACUAUUCAUCUUAACACUGCAAGAAACUAUUUGAAAGAAUUUGGAUAUACAUAUGUUAAGGUGAAAAAGGGAACAUACAUAGAUAGACAUAAAAGGGAAGAUGUGAUAGCUUAUCGUAAAAUUUUCUUAAAACAAAUGGAUAAACUUGAGAAUAGGAUGCCAAUUUUUUCUGAAGAUAAUUUGGAGGAAGUAAUAUAG